AUGGUGGAGCCAGGGCAAGAUUUACUGCUUGCUGCUUUGAGCGAGAGUGGAAUUAGUCCGAAUGACCUCUUUGAUAUUGAUGGUGGAGAUGCGGGGCUUGCAACUCCAACACCUACCCCUCCCGUACAACAGUCAGUGCCACUUAGUGCAUUAGAACUAGGUUUGGAGACUGAAGCAGCAGUUCCUGUUAAACAAGAACCAGAGACGCUACCUACUCCAGCACUAUUAAAUGUUAGGCAGCAGCCUCCAUCUACUACAACAUUUGUGCUGAAUCAAAUAAAUCAGCUUCCGACUUUGGGAUCUACAAUUGUAAUGACUAAAACACCACCUGUAACCACGAAUAGGCAAACCAUCACUUUAACGAAGUUCAUUCAGACUACUGCAAACACACGUCCUUCAGUCUCAGCACCAGCAGCACGAAAUGCCAUGACCUCUGCACCUUCAAAAGACCAGGUUCAACUGAAGGACCUACUAAAAAAUAAUAGUCUGAACGAACUCAUGAAACUGAAGCCACCGGCUAAUAUUGCUCAGCCAGUUGCAACAGCAGCUACUGAUGUAAGCAAUGGCACAGUAAAGAAAGAGUCUUCUAAUAAAGAAGUAGCAAGAAUAUGGAUAAAUGACAUGAAAAUGAGGAGUUUUUCCCCGACCAUGAAGGUCCCUGUUGUGAAAGAGGAAGAUGAACCAGAGGAAGAAGAUGAAGAAGAAAUGGGUCAUGCGGAAACCUAUGCAGAGUAUAUGCCAAUAAAACUAAAAAUUGGCCUGCGUCACCCAGAUGCUGUAGUUGAAACUAGUUCUUUAUCCAGUGUUACUCCUCCUGAUGUUUGGUACAAAACGUCUAUUUCUGAAGAAACCAUUGAUAAUGGCUGGUUAUCAGCAUUACAGCUUGAGGCAAUUACAUAUGCAGCCCAGCAACAUGAAACAUUCCUACCAAAUGGAGAUCGUGCUGGAUUCUUAAUAGGUGAUGGUGCUGGUGUAGGAAAAGGAAGGACAAUAGCAGGAAUCAUCUAUGAAAAUUAUUUGUUGAGUAGAAAAAGGGCUUUGUGGUUCAGUGUUUCAAAUGAUUUAAAGUAUGAUGCCGAAAGAGAUCUGAGGGAUAUUGGAGCAAAAAACAUUUUGGUCCAUUCAUUAAAUAAGUUACUGUGUGUUUUAAUUUUAUUCAGAGGUGUUGGUGCCAUGGAAAUAGUUGCUAUGGAUAUGAAGCUUAGAGGAAUGUACAUUGCUCGACAGCUGAGCUUUACUGGAGUGACCUUCAAAAUUGAGGAAGUUCUUCUUUCUCAGAGCUAUGUUAAAAUGUAUAACAAAGCAGUCAAACUGUGGGUCAUCGCCAGAGAGCGGUUUCAGCAAGCUGCAGAUCUGAUUGAUGCUGAGCAACGAAUGAAAAAAUCCAUGUGGGGUCAGUUCUGGUCUGCUCACCAGAGAUUUUUCAAAUACUUGUGCAUAGCAUCCAAAGUUAAGAGGGUUGUUCAACUAGCUCGAGAAGAAAUCAAGAAUGGAAAAUGUGUUGUAAUUGGUCUGCAGUCUACGGGAGAAGCUAGAACAUUAGAAGCCUUGGAAGAGGGUGGAGGAGAAUUGAAUGAUUUCGUUUCAACUGCCAAAGGAGUGUUGCAGUCACUCAUUGAAAAACACUUCCCUGCUCCAGACAGGAAAAAACUUUAUAGUUUGCUAGGAAUCGAUUUGACAGCUCCAAGUAACAACAGCUCACCAAGAGAUAGUCCUUGUAAGGAAAAUAAAAUAAAGAAGCGGAAAGGUGAAGAAAUAACUCGAGAAUCCAAAAAAGCAAGAAAAAUAGGUGGCCUUACUGGUAGCAGUUCUGAUGAUAGUGGAAGUGAAUCUGAUGCCUCCGAUAAUGAAGAAAGUGACUACGAGAGCUCUAAAAACAUGAGUUCUGGAGAUGACGAUGAUUUCAACCCAUUUAGAGAUGAGUCUAGUGAGGAUGAUGAAGAUGAAAUCAUCACACAGAUUCUAAUCUUUGCUUGGUGGCAGCUCCAAGCUUGUCUGUCUUCUGGAGGUUCAGCAUAUUUAUAUCCCUGGUUAAUCAGAAAGGACCACAAGAAAAACAAAGAUAAAAAAAAAAAGAGAAGUAUAGAUCCAGAUUCUAUUCAAAGUGCCUUAUUAGCAUCAGGUCUUGGAUCAAAACGACCUAGUUUUUCUUCUACACCAGUAAUUUCACCUGCUCCUAACAGUGCACCAGCUAACAGUAACACCAACAGCAACAAUAGCCUUAUAACAAGUCAGGAUGCCGUGGAAAGGGCCCAGCAGAUGAAGAAAGACCUACUUGAUAAACUAGAAAAAUUAGCUGAAGACCUCCCUCCUAAUACCCUGGAUGAACUUAUUGAUGAACUUGGUGGCCCUGAGAAUGUUGCUGAGAUGACUGGCCGCAAGGGGAGGGUUGUAAGCAAUGAUGAUGGAAGUAUAUCUUAUGAGUCAAGAUCUGAACUUGAUGUCCCUGUGGAAAUACUAAAUAUCACGGAAAAACAAAGAUUUAUGGAUGGAGAUAAGAAUAUUGCUAUCAUCUCAGAAGCUGCCAGCUCAGGUAUUUCAUUACAAGCAGAUAGGAGAGCUAAAAAUCAAAGGCGAAGAGUUCAUAUGACCCUGGAAUUACCAUGGAGUGCUGAUAGAGCAAUUCAGCAGUUUGGACGAACUCAUAGAUCAAACCAAGUUACUGCUCCGGAAUACGUCUUUCUGAUUUCUGAAUUGGCAGGAGAACAAAGAUUUGCAUCUAUUGUUGCUAAAAGACUUGAGAGUUUGGGUGCGCUUACACAUGGAGACAGAAGAGCAACAGAAUCCAGAGAUCUGAGUAGGUUCAACUUUGAUAAUAAGUAUGGAAGAAAUGCUUUAGAAAUUGUCAUGAAAUCCAUUGUAAACCUAGAUUCUCCUAUGGUAUCACCACCUCCAGACUAUCCUGGAGAAUUCUUUAAAGAUGUUCGACAAGGACUGAUAGGAGUUGGCCUGAUAAAUGUAGAAGAUCGUUCAGGAAUUCUUACUCUAGAUAAAGAUUAUAACAACAUAGGAAAAUUCUUAAAUAGAAUUUUGGGCAUGGAGGUGCAUCAGCAGAAUGCGUUAUUUCAGUAUUUUGCAGACACACUUACUGCAGUUGUUCAAAAUGCCAAAAAAAAUGGAAGAUACGAUAUGGGAAUCUUAGAUCUUGGUUCUGGAGAUGAAAAAGUGAGGAAAAGUGAUGUUAAGAAGUUUCUGACUCCAGGAUAUUCAACCUCUGGCCAUGUAGAAUUAUACACGAUAAGUGUAGAGAGGGGAAUGUCCUGGGAGGAAGCUACCAAGAUUUGGGCUGAGUUGACAGGACCAGAUGAUGGCUUUUAUUUGUCAUUGCAAAUAAGAAACAACAAGAAAACUGCCAUCUUAGUUAAAGAAGUGAAUCCUAAAAAGAAGCUUUUCUUAGUUUAUAGACCAAAUACUGGGAAACAGCUCAAAUUAGAAAUUUAUGCUGAUCUAAAAAAGAAAUAUAAGAAGGUAGUCUCAGACGAUGCCCUGGUCCACUGGUUAGAUCAGUAUAAUUCAUCUGCAGAUACUUGUACUCAUGCUUAUUGGCGUGGCAAUUGCAAAAAAGCAAGUUUGGGAUUAGUUUGUGAAAUAGGUCUUCGUUGCCGCACAUACUAUGUAUUAUGUGGCUCAGUACUGAGUGUCUGGACAAAAGUCGAGGGUGUUCUCGCAUCUGUCAGUGGCACAAACGUGAAAAUGCAGAUAGUUCGGCUAAGAACAGAGGAUGGACAGCGGAUUGUAGGUUUGAUCAUUCCUGCAAAUUGUGUGUCUCCUCUUAUAAAUCUCCUGUCAACUUCAGACCAGUCUCAACAGCUUGCGGUCCAGCAGAAACAGCUCUGGCAGCAGCGUCACCCCCAGAGCAUCGCCAAUUUGAGCAACGCAUAAGAACAGACAGGUUUCAACAUGGAUGUAUAUGAAAUGCUGUUGAAGCAUAUCAUUUGCAUAAAAAUCAGGGACAGUUUCCAAAGAAUUAUAAUUUUUUUUCAGUUGUGCUCUCUCUCUAGUUAAUUUUUUUGGGAAUAAGGACAAACCUGGAAUAGAUAGCAAAACUGAAAAUCAGCAGUGCCGAUGGUGGUACAUAUGUCUUUCCUCGUGCUUUUCCCAUGGUACUUACCGUAUGCUUUUACUUUGGGUGAGCAGAGGGGUAUGUGCGCGUGUGUGUCAGUCUGUUUGUUUGUGAGUUUGUUAAAAGCUACGAACCAUAAUUGGUUUAAAAAUGCUUGGAACUUCCCAAACUGGCUUUACUUUUAUGUUAUACAGUGCUCAGGGUUAACGCAGUACAUCCAUGCCAUUGCUGUGGGACUUAUCCCCGGAUGCAUGUGUUUUGAGUCUAUAAAUAGAGAAAAUAUAUAUUGGUUUCUUUUUCCAACUUAUUAAAACAAUAGGUUUAUUAAAGCAUGAAAUGAAAGGUUACAUAUCAUGCAUUCAGGUUCUUUUUCUAGUUUUUGUUCUGACAGUGCAUGUCUUUGAAAGCAUGCGUAAACAAGAUUAACACAGAAGUCAAGUAACGGGGAGAAACAUUUGUAGAUGUACAGCAUUGGUUAUUGCAUUUUUAUAGUGUUUAUACCUGGGUAUUGCUUCAAACCCUGCGAAAUCACCUUCUCCCAUUCUCCCUGCCCCAGGUUUCUUGUCAAGGUAAUGAGUACAUACAUUUUUUGGUGAUAAAACUCUUAAAAGUUAAUUUUAAUGUAUUAAUAGUAUUCCUAAUGUGUGCUGCAAAAAUGGCUACAAGCCUGCUUUUCUUAAAAUUACAUUUUUCUUAACUUAAAGAUAGUUUUAGAAAGAAGUACAAAUUGGCUUCCGUCUUGCAAACAAUCUUCCUUUUUUUUUACUUCGUUAUCUUAAUUUGCUUUGUCACUCUUAAAAAUGGAAACCGUACUUGAGUUGUAAACUAGACAAUGAGGAAACACUUGAGGCUUCUGCUGUAUGUUUAUUUCUUGUUAUUGUUGUUACCCAGUAACUUGAAUAUUGUUUAAUGUGUUGUAAGACAUUGUAGAGUUUAUCUCAAGCUGUUAAAAAUGGUAAUGUACAAAUGUGAAUAGACACUUAUCUAUAAUAUGGGUAAGUUUUGUUUCGCCUAUAAUAGAUGUUUAUAAAAACAAGUGAGGGGACAAUUGGUCUUUUUGUUUCCUUUUUUUUUCCUUUCCUUUUUUUUUUUGCUUGCACAGGUUGCACUAUUGAAAAACUGAGAUUGUAUAAACCUGGUCAAAAGCUGCAAGAUACCACAAUCUUGUAGAUGUCAAAUAAAAAGUUAUUAUACUAA